AUGUUCCAAGAAGCUGGGAGAACUACAACGGAAGGUGGUAUAGGAAACACUCCACUGGAAACCACAGUAGGGAAGUUAUCGCAGACCAUCCAAGAAUUGGUUGCUAAGUUCACCAUCUUAGAAUCCGCACCUAGAAAAAGGAAUGAAAUAAGUAAUGGAGCCUGUUUUACCUGCGGAAGGAAGGGACACUAUGUGAAAGACUGCCCAACAGCAAGGAAAAACAUAAACUUUCGAAACAAUAGGGAUGAACAACCGUCUAGACAAACCGAUGCACAAAAUCCUCAGACCCACAGAGAUAAGCAACCAGCAACACAAACAGAAGCCCGUUUUGGAGAAUUAAUAAGUAACGAAGGAGAGGAGAAAGCAUUUAUAGGAGUAAAUCAAUACCAGCCCUACAAUACCCGAAACCAAAACAAUACCAAACGCGAUCAAGAAGCCCCUAGGAACGAGAAAAAUGAAGUCAUCCAACCCAGGGUGGUGAUAGAAACAACAGAUGUGGAAGAACUACCAACGCCAACUGAUAAACUGGAAGAAAUCACAAUCGAAGAUAAGAUUAAUAGCAUAGAGGUUAGCAACGAAGUGAAGAGCGAGCAAAAAAGAAGAAUACAAAAUCUGCUAUUGCAAAGGAAGGAUUU